AACAGUGUAUAUUUGUAUAAUAAUUGUAUUCAACAUAUACAUACCUUUAUUUUCAACAGAUUUCAAAAUUAUCUUUACUAAUUGUUUUUCCUCACGUAUACCGGGGACAUUAGGAAAUAGCAUACUACGUUUGUGUUUUUUUAGGUUUGGAGGCUAUGGCGGAGGGAGCAGUGACUGGAGCUGUGUCCGAUGUAAACACAGCUGUCAACUCGACGGUGAAUGCCAUGUCAUAUUUACAAGAUGAGAUGCAGUCUGACACAGAUGUCAUGGCCCCUCUCAACCUGGGUGACUUGGACUUGACCACAGACGAGUUCAUCUUGGAUGAAGUGGACAUUCACAUACAGGCUAAUCUGGAAGAUGACUUGGUGAAGGAGGCACUGAAAACGGGAGUUGACCUCAGGCAUUACUCUAAACAAGUGGAGGGUGAACUCCAACGGAUUGAACAAGCUUCCAUCAAAGACUAUAUCAAGGAGAGCCAGAACAUUGCCUCUCUGCACAACCAGAUCACAGCCUGUGACUCCAUACUGGAGCGAAUGGAGGGCAUGCUGAGCGGCUUCCAGAGUGACCUCUCCUCCAUCAGCAGUGAGAUCCAGACUCUGCAGCAGCAGUCGGUCAGCAUGAACGUGCGGCUGAAGAACAGGCAGGCCGUACGCAGCCACCUCAGCCAACUGGUGGAUGAGCUGGUAGUGCCCGGCGCUAUGAUCCAGAUAAUCCUGGAGAGCCCGGUUACAGAGCAGGAGUUCCUUGAGCAGCUCCAUGAGCUCAACAACAAGAUCAACUUUGCCAAAGAGCUCAGCUUCAGGGAGACUUUGGCCUGCUCUGACAUCCAGGACAUCGUGGACCGCCUCAAAAUCAAGGCUGUCGCAAAGAUCAGAGAAUUUAUCCUCCAGAAGAUUUAUUCCUUCAGAAAGCCCAUGACCAACUAUCAAAUCCCCCAGAACACUCUCCUCAAGUACAGGUUUUUCUAUCAGUUCCUCUUGGCAAAUGAAAGGACAGUAGCUAAGGAGAUCAGGGAUGAGUACGUGGACACCAUGAGUAAGAUCUACUACAGCUACUUCAAGUCCUACAGCGGCAGGCUGCUCAAAGUACAGUAUGAGGAGGUGGCAGACAAAGAUGACCUGAUGGGAGUGGAAGACACGGCCAAGAAAGGUUUCUUCUCCAAGCCCUCCCUGAAGAGCAGGAACACCAUCUUCACCCUGGGCCAGCGGGGGGCCGUGCUGAGCCCUGCCGAGCUGGAGGGGCCCAUCAUCAUCCCCCACACUGCCCAGAGAGGGGACUGCAGGUAUCCCUAUGAGACGCUGUUCCGCAGUCAGCACUACGCCCUCUUGGACAACAGCUGUCGAGAGUUCCUCUUCCUGACUGACUUCUUCAUGGUGGCUGGAAACUCUGCGCUGGACCUCUUCAACAGCGUCAUGGGAAAGACACUCAGCUUGUUCCUGAAGAGCAUGUCCACCUAUGUAUCGGACUGCUACGACAGCAUCGCUGUGUUCCUGUGUAUCCACAUCAUCCUGCGUUUCAGAGCCAUCACAACCAAGAGGGCCAUCCCAGCCCUGGAUAAGUACUGGGAGGCGGUGCUGGAGCUGCUGUGGCCCAGGUUUGAGCUCAUCCUGGAGAUGAACAUUCAGAGCAUCCGCAACACGGACCCCCAGAAACUGGGCGUGCUGGACACCAGACCACACUAUAUCACACGCAGAUACGCAGAGUUCUCAUCUGCCAUCGUUAGCAUUAACCAGACAUUCACCAGCGAGCGAACCCACACCCUCCUUGGCCAACUGCAGGUUGAAGUGGAGAACUUUGUCCUGAAGAUGGCGGCAGAGUUCCCUUCACGCAGGGACCAGCUCAUCUUCCUAAUCAACAACUACGACAUGAUGCUCAAUGUACUCAUGGAGAGGGCAGCCGAUGACAGUAAAGAGGUUGAGGGCUUCCAACAGCUCCUUCAGGCCAGGAACCAGGAGUUUAUUGAGGAGAUUCUGUCGUCUCCCUUUGGUGGCAUGAUAGCAUUUGUGAAGGAGAGCGAAGCGUUGAUAGAGAAAGGGCAGCUGGAUAGACUAAAGAAUGAUGAAGCCCGGAUCACACAGCUAGUCAGGGGGUUUUCCAGCACAUGGAAACAGUCUGUGGAAGCUCUGAGUCAGAAUGUCAUGAGGUCCUUCACAAACUUCAAGAACGGCACUGGUAUCAUUCAGGGGGCGCUCACCCAGCUCAUCCAGUACUACCAUGGCUUCCACAAGGUGCUGUCCCAGCCCACCUUCCGCAGCCUGGCAGUGCGCUCGGAGCUCAUCAACCUGCACCACCUCAUGGUCGAGGUCAAGAAACACAAGCCCAACUUCUAACUGGACACUUACAAGGGUAGAGACUGAGGAAUUAUGGGGAUGUGAUGGAUUAAAUGAAGGAGCUCAAAAUCAGACAUGGCCUGAUUGGAAACGAGUAGAAGAGUAUAUCCCUUUGCUUGUGACAUCGCUCCACUGAUCAAGGACAACGUAUUGCACGUGGGAACCUGUCAUUUGUGAUUUGACAUUGUACCAAUGUCAAUGGGUAAGGUCUUGUGUGAAAGUGCUACCUUUUCAUUCAUGGGUGCUGGGUUCUUUGCUUUCGGGGAGGGGAUAGGGGGAUGAAGAGACAGAAAUGGGAUGAGGAAAGGUUCAGUGGUUAUGGGGAUUGACAGGAGAGAUCACAGAAAUCAAAGGCUGUAAGAAGAAAUAGAGUAGAUGGUCUAUUCCAGACAGGGUUGCGCAACUCAGGCCCUCGAGUUGGUGCUGGUUUUCGUUUCUCCCUAGCACAUAAUUGAUCAAUUACAUUCCCAGGUAGAAUCCAAGUAGAAUCCAGUCUUUGGAUCAGAGAACCAGAGGUGUGCACCCCCAGUCUAUUAUGAUUGUGAGAGGGAGGAGCACGAGGUAUCAUUGAAGUUCAGUGUGAAAAGGGAAAGAGUGGUAUCUCCCGGGCCCUUGUUCUGUGUUCUCAUACAUGUACAGUAAACAAAAAUAUAAACGCAACAUGUUACGUGUUGGUCCCAUGUUUCAUGAGCUGAAAUAAAAGAUCACAAAAAG